GCCUGAGCCGCGCGCACGCAACAUGGGUCUGGAGAAGGAAACGUCGGGCACCAGUAUAAUCAUGGACGAGGACGAGUUCAACAGAUCGAUAGAGCCGAUCAUGUCAAAGAAGGAAAGAAGCGCGCACGCGGCGGCGGAACCGGACCGAGAUCCGCACGACAUGAACGCGCACCUGAAGGUCGGGUUCGAUGACGUCAUCGCGGAGCCCGUGUCCGCGCACAGCUUCGACAAGGUGUGGAUCGGGAGCCACGCCGCGUUCGAGCUGGUCAAAUUCCUAAUUUACCGCGUGCUCAGCACGCUGCUGGCCGUGCCCGUGGCUUUCAUCCUCGGACUGGUCUUCGCGGUGCUCAGCUGCAUCCACAUCUGGUUGGUGAUGCCGGCGGUCCAGAGCUUCUUGAUGCUCCUGCCUUCCCUCCAGGUGGUGUGGAGGAGUCUGACGGACACGCUGGUCACGCCGCUCUUCCGCAGCACGGGGAGGAGCCUGUCCUCGGUCCAGGCCACGACCGCCGAGUGCUGAUCCCUCGGCGGAGUGGGACCGGACCGCGACCCCCCCCCUUACCACGUGGAACGUGAGACCAUCGAACACCAGACGUUCCUCCACGCUGAGUCCCGCGUGGAACCAAAAGCAACAUUAAGCCGAGCAGAUGGUCGCGGUUGUAAAGUCGUUAUUUAAACCAAACCAUAUUUUUCUAACCUUCACUGAGGAGCUUUGUUGCCUCAUGGUAUCAAACACAGAUGAAAUUCACAAACAAGAUUUGGUUUCAGAAACACACAAUUACAACAUUUAUUUCUAUUGACUGAUUCAUGAAUUUGAUCCUGUGUAAGGUACAUUUGAAUAUAUUAUUCUGUUGAUGCACAUUAAAACACUAGAAACGACUAAAUUAAGAACGGUAAACCCUUAGAACGCAUACUUACACACUUUAGACAAACAAGUCUUACUGAAGAUCCUUUUUUUUGUGACCAAAAGAAGAAAAACGAUCAUUUUAUCGAGAGCGGCUGGAUCAGAGAUGUACUAUUUCUGCUUUUUACUAUACUGUAUAUAUUGCAAUGAAUUCAGCUAGAGAUGUAAUGUAUUGAGAAGAGUUUGUAUGUAUAAAAACCUUAACCUGCCGAGUGGAUUCCAGCUUAUUGGCCUUGAUAUCGGCUCAUUUCGUCUUGCUCGAUACUUUGCGAGGGGUCUUUCUAACUUUCUUCUGGACAUUCGUCUGAGGACUCGAGGGCGAUGACGGCGUUCCACACCCCCUGCUGUGAUUGGUUGAAGGCUCCGUGCUGCUGAGACUCCGGUACAUGUUUCAUUGACCAGUCACAGGGCUGCGUUUAACACGUCCACAGCCACACGGGGUCACACGGCGCUGGGACUUCGACCUUUGACCUCAGGGUACAAAGCCUGCACGGGUCACUCUUGCUGUACAAUUCUGAUAUUUAACAGGCGAAAUCAAGCGAGGAAAUGUGAGGGUUUUGUACUGAUUUGUCAUUUUCAAAUGCAGACCCACCUCCUGUGUUUGAGAUACAUGGGGCCACGCCCCUUUUUACAGACGCUAGUUGCUAGCAUUGCUAACGCUACAUGCGGUUGAUUGGAACUUGUUCAUGAACCAUUCAAGGUGCAGUUAAACUAAAUAAAUGAACUUAAAAGCCCCUGAACGACGCUCAGCGGAGCCAUAAUUUGGGGAUUUAUGGCUUUGUUUCAAUAAUAGUGGAAGACGCAGGUGUGUGUGUGUGUGUGUGUGUGUGUGGCGAACACGUCGCCCUGAUCAACCCCAGCUUCUCCAGGAGGACAAAUAAAUCCUAAUGUGUCACGUAUCCAUCUGUCUGUAAAACCCUUCCUUUUGUCAGAAUGGUGACUUUGAGGCCUUUGCUUUGUGGAUUAAACUCGUUUUGGAGCUGUUGCCUGAAAUGUGUUCCUGAAAUAAAAGAGUUUCCCUCU